UGGCGUCAUCCGUCCCGUCUGAGAGCAGGUAUCCACACAGAAGUAGAGACUGUAAUCCUGUAAGAGGAUCAAGUCUGAGAUCCAGGGGGAAGGGACACAGGAUCCAGUCCACAGCACCCUCCACAUGGCUCCUCUGCCAUUUCACCAGAGUGAACAUGUGUUCAUUUGAAAUGUGCUGAGCUCUUUGCACUUUGGUGGAGGGGCUGUUUUGGGUUUUUUUUGCCUUUAAUGGAACAUAAUCAGUGACGGAGGUCGAGGCUGUGCACGACACGACGAGAGCUUGUUCCAACAUGAAUCCUGAAUUUGAGGACCUCUGAGAGGAGGAGGAGGCGUUGACGAUCAGCCAAUGGCGGUGCUGGAGGUGACCUGCAGCCUGAUUGGCUGGCUCGGCCUCUACUCGCUGUUCUGCUGCGCCUUCGCCCGGCGGGGGCCCGAGUGGAACUGCCGGCUGGUCACGCUGUGCCACGGCGUCGCCAUCGUGCUGCUGACGGCCUACGUCCUCUUCGUCGACGGACCCUGGCCCUUCACACACGCGGGCACGGAGAACACCGAGCUGCAGACCUUCGCGAUGGCCGUCUGCCUCGGCUACUUCUUCUUCGACGUCGGCUGGUGCGUGGCGUACCGCGCCGAGGGCCCCGUCAUGCUGGCCCACCACGCCGCCAGCAUCCUGGGCAUCCUGCUGGCGCUGCUCAUGGGCGUGUCGGGCUGCGAGACCUGCGGCGUCGUCUUCGGCAGCGAGAUCACCAACCCGCUGCUGCAGGCGCGCUGGUUCCUCCGGCAGCUGGGCCUGUACGACGGGCCGCUGGGCGACGCCGUGGACCUGCUCUUCGUCGCGCUGUUCGCCACCGUGCGCGUGGGCGUCGGCACCGUGCUGUUCUACUGCGAGCUCGCGUCCCCCAGGACCCCGCUGGUCAUGAAGCUGGGCGGCGUGGUCAUGUACGGACUGGCCUGGGUGUUCAUGGUGGACAUCGCCAGGUUCGGCUACAAGAAGAGCCGAGCCAAGUACAGACGGUGGAGGGAGAAUCGCAGGCUCCAGGGCGCCGCCGCGCGUUCAGACAAGAGCGACUGAAGGGAGGAGGUCGACAUUAACACUGUGUCCGUCCGUACGUGAGCCUCUACAGCUUUAAAGGUGCUACCGUUUUUUUUUUUACCACCAAACAACGAGACGAUUGUUUUCCACGAGCCAGAAAAUAAAAAAAGCCUCAGCUCAGUCUUCUCCUCCCUCUGGACAUCCAACCAUACGAGGUAUAGGUCUGCGACCGAGAACACCGGUACCAGCAACCAGACUAGAGCGAGCUCGUUCAUUGGUCAUGUCUCGGAAUUCAAAAGAUGGCGGGCGACGACGCAUCGUCUCACAUACUCUCUUUGAUUUGACACUUUUGACGCUUUUAAAUGCAGCGUUUUAUUCGGUUACUGUUACGGUUACGGUUAGGGUUAGUUGUCGUUGUACACUACCACCAAACGACAACUUCUUUCGAAAAAGCCACCACAUCCACCGCUGUUCUUUCGCUUUUCCGCCACAUUUGAAUGUCCGCCACUGUCGGAGGACAAAGGGAAAACUCCGGAGCAGAAGGUGCCGCUAACGUGUCUGUCUGGUCGCCAACCGCCGUUAAAAACAACGAAGAAGAAGAAGAAGAGUGUAACAACCAAUCACGAUGCGAUCUCUUAGCUGGUUGUGGCCCAAGAACGAGGGCUCAACCAAUGGACGUAUAGUCACAACGCGGAAGUGCCUGAAGCCUGUAUUCUCUGGAAUCACCAGCAGGGGGCGACUCGAGAAAAGGACUCUUAACUCGCGUCAGUAAACGUUUUCCUGAGGAGUUUGUGGUUCAAAAAUGUGUUUUCUUCAGAAUAAAAAACAACAAACAAACAUGAAAAGUGGUAAAAAAAAAAAAAAAUGUAAUUAAUAAAAUGGUAACAUUUGUCUGAGAAAAUUAAUGCUGCAUGGUUACUUCAAGUUAGUAGUUUUACGUUUGUAGUUGGUGUUU